AACCUUUAAUAAUUUUAAUUUGAAGUUUACUGUGACCCGGAAGAGGUUUUAACAAACGCUUGUGUUCUCUUGCUCAUGGGUGCUAGUUAGAGAAUCAAAUCUUCCUAGAAGGGUUAUUGAUGCUGCAGCUGCACCAUGACCUCAAAGUCCUCUGCAUGUCUUCUCCAGCUCCCUUGGAUGGGCUUCAGACUUUCUGCUUUCACAGCCCCGCGCUCGGGUUUCAGACCUGUGAUCCAAAACACAGCAGUGUCCGCUCACCUUGCACACUCAAGUAGACGUUCGCUCUCCAGUAAUGUCAAAGUUCGCUCCUACCUCCAGUACAUGAAACGCAAAGUCAUAUCUCCUCCAAGUCCUCCUUACACUCAUGUUUGCCAAGUAGGAGAUCCUGUCCUACGUUCUCAUGCAGCUCCGGUUGACCCUGCAGCCAUAAUGGGCCCUGAGGUCCAGCAUGUCAUCAAGAACAUGGUAAAAGUCAUGCGUAAACUCGAGUGUGUCGGACUAAGCGCCCCUCAGAUUGGGGUGCCGCUACGCAUCCUGGCUCUGGAAUAUCCAAAGAAGAUGCUGGAGGAGAGCUCCCCAGCAGUGAGGGAGGCACGCGGUAUCACCGUCCAGCCCCUCAGGAUUUUUGUCAACCCCCAACUAAGGGUGAUGGACGGUCGGACAGUGCAGUUUCAGGAGGCCUGUGAAAGCAUCUGUGGAUUCUCUGCUACAGUUCCACGGUAUCUGUCUGUGGAAGUGUCAGGUGUGAAUGAAAAAGCCGAAGCGGUGUCAUGGCAGGCCAGUGGCUGGGCGGCUCGCAUCGUCCAGCACGAGAUGGACCACCUGGAUGGGAUCCUCUAUAUCGACCGCAUGGACAGCAAAACCUUUAUCAAUAUUAACUGGCAAGCCUACAACGAGUAGAGAGAACAUUACCACACAUAAAAUGAUCAGUCUGAGCUUUUUUUGAAAUGUGUGAUGAGACUGGUUUCAUCACUGCAGCAGAGAGGAAAACGGUUUGUAGACCAGAGCUGUUCAACGAUUAAAAGGAAAUAUUGUGGCCUUCAACCUCAA